CUGCAACUCAACAUACAAGUUUUUCUGUCUUAUUAGUCGGAAGGAUUAGCUAGAUCUUGGAAGUCAUGGUAGAGGUGAGGGGGUGAGGCAUCUAGCUAGCGAACAUACUGAUUAGAUGUCCCAUAUCCGAAAGCAACCGAUAUGGAGCAAUCAGUCGCUGAUAUUGAUGACUUUGACGCAAACUUUGUCAAGGUUGAGUAGCACCACCGAGACAAGGAAGCAGAGACAGAACGACAAAAUCGAAAAUCGUCAUCAGCCGUAAUUAAGAUUCAGAGUGUCGAGACCAUGCCCAAAAAUGUCUAAAAAUAUCUGGCAGGAUGCACUGAGUACGCUGGACAACACCAGCAGAGGUUCAACACCAAAUAUCUACGAAAAUGCUCUAGAUGAAGCCAUCCUGGUUCAGAUGCAAGAUCUGAAGCCAGGUGAUGAAGCAAGUAACAACCAUACUGGGCAGCGCCCAUCGUCUCAGCUUCCUGGUGUUGACGAAGAUGCCCCGAUGGAUGGAGAGGAACCAGAGCCAGGAUGUGUGUAUAUGAAAAACUCGUGGCGCAAGGUAGACUUUGUACUAGUGUACUCUCCAACUAAGAAUCAACUAGUAAGGGAUGUCUUUGAAGAGGAGCUUAUGAAAACUGGGCUUCUGCUUGAGUAUGUGCCACAGAAUUCCAAUGGCCUGUGCUUUGUCAAGAUUCAUGCGCCCUGGGAAGUGCUUAGGUGCUUUGCCGAAAUUAUGCGGUUCAAGAUGCCUGUGAAAGAGUGGGAUUUGAGGGUGCAGGAGCGAGAUGCCAUGCUCGAAUGUGAUGAUGUAGAGGUGUGCUAUCAAAGACGUCCACAUAAGCAGUUUUCCGUCACCUUCUCCAUGUCAAAGGAGUACUUGUUUGAUAUACCUCAUCGCAAGGAAAGCUUCUUCUCCGCACAGCAGAGAGCACAAAUAGUCAGUUUUAUCCUUCAGAGAAAGUCAUUCUCACGCAAGUCAUCGGAGAAGAAACACAAGUUCGGUGUGAGCAGAUUACUAGCUGACGGCACUUACCUGGCAGCGUUCCCUCUGCACGAGGGAUCCGGGAAGAAGGGUGAAGGCUCUUUUCGUUCCGCUCUUCUCAGUGAAUGGGCAUCUGUAUUUUCUGUCUUCAAGCGUCAGCCAUUAGAUGAGAUAAGGCGUUACUUCGGCGUCAAGAUUGGCCUAUACUUUGCCUGGUUGGGCUUCUACACAUUCAUGUUGAUACCUGCCUCAGUGGUUGGAUUGGCAUGCUUCCUCUAUGGCUGCUUCACCCUCAACAGUCACCGCCCUGUAGCAGAGAUGUGCCACAGUGAGGGCAAGAUUCUCAUGUGCCCCCUUUGCGACACUGGCUGCGAGUAUUGGCGGUUGCAAGACACGUGCACACACGCCAAGCUCACCUAUCUUUUUGAUAACGGGUCCACUGUCGUCUUCACCAUCUUCAUGUCCAUAUGGGGGGUGGCCUACUUGGAGCUCUGGAAACGGUACUCGGCCAGGAUUACUUACCAGUGGGAUCUAUCAGGGUUUGACACACUGGAGGAAAAUUCCCGACCUGAGUAUCUCGUACGACUUUCAAAGAUGAAAAAGAGACACAUAGAGCUUAUACGAGAGGGCCCCUACAAUGAGUCAGUUCCUUUCUGGAAAGUGAAGCUUCCCUAUGGCAUCUUCUCCUGCUCUGUUAUACUCCUCUUGGUGGUGCUGGCCGUGGCAGCCGUCAUUGGAGUAAUUGUGUACCGAAUGUCAGUACGGACAGUAUUAUCCCUGAGGACUGAAGCGGUAUCCAGCUAUGUCCCACUUAUCACGUCCUCAACCGCUGCGCUUCUCAACUUGCUCUGCAUUCUACUGUUCAACAUGGUUUACACAAAGCUCGCAGUCUACCUCACAGAAUUAGAAAUGCCUCGAACUCAAACUGAAUACGAUGACAGCCUGACGCUCAAGAUGUACCUUCUACAGUUUGUCAACUGCUAUUCGUCCAUUUUCUACAUUGCUUUCUUCAAGGGAAAGUUUGUUGGCCGUCCUGGGAAAUACAAUAACUUCUUGGGAUAUCAGCAGGAAGAGUGCGGAGUCGGUGGGUGCUUCCUAGAGCUCUCCAUUCAACUAGCGAUCAUAAUGGUGGGCAAGCAAGCAUUUGGAGCCUUGUCGGAGUUGGCUUGGCCAUAUGCCAUGCGUCUGUGGUCCUGGUUUUCCUUCGUUAGAGGAGACGAGGAUCGCCGACCUCCUGUGCACAGCUGGGAGCAAGAUUACACCCUACCAGAGCUGGGAAGUACUGGACUGUUCCAAGAAUACUUGGAGAUGAUUUUGCAGUAUGGCUUUGUGACCGUAUUUGUGGCCGCCUUUCCUCUGGCUCCUUUAUUUGCUCUGCUCAACAAUGCCCUUGAAAUUCGUUUGGACGCUCUGAAGCUGUUGAAAACUUACCGACGACCUGUUGGCCUUCGAGUUAAAGACAUUGGUAUCUGGUUUCCCAUAAUGGAUUCUCUGGGAAAGCUUGCGGUUCUCACAAAUGCAGUGAUUAUUGCCUUCACAUCAGAUCUGAUAUCUCGCGUGUACUAUCGCUUGAAGAUCUCCCCUGAGGGAGGCUUAGAUGGCUAUGUGGACUUCAGUUUGUCAUAUUUUGAUGUAAAUGACUAUGGAGAAAACGUUCUUCAUGGAAAUACGUCUGGGCUGCUUGGUGCUCGUUACUGCAGGUAUUCAGACCAUCGAACACCACCUUGGGUUGAAAACCAGUACAAACGAACAUCUCAGUACUGGGAAAUCUUGGUCUGGAAAUUCGCUUUUGUGGUAAUAUUCGAGAACUUCAUAGCUUCCUUGAUGACUGUCAUCCGCUGGAUUAUACCAGAUGUCCCCAGAUCGAUCCGCGAGAAAGUCCGCGAAGACAACAGGCUCACCAACGAGAUAAUCAUCUUGCAAGAGUUACGGCGAAGACAGACACCUUAGGUGCCUGUGUGAUCAAGACCACACUUUCAUGGAUCAGAGAAGUACAGCUUGAGAUGUACCCAGUGCUUCAACGUAAUGUGCUUGCAGCAGAGUAUGUCGCUUGAAUUGAAGAAUAGCGAGCAAGGUUGCGCAUCAAUGUUCAGACAAACGCUUGACUGUGCAGGUUUAUGAAUCAAUGGUGCUGUUGACUUGAUAUUGUGUGGUUUCACUAGGUACUGCCUGAAUGUCAUUGGUGUAGCAUCGCUGAUUAGCUUGUUUGGAGAGUGGAAUGUUAAAAGGCUGAAAUGUACAUUUCAGUCUUACAACUUAAUCUUUGUACCUUGUGUCCAUACGAGCAUAUACAAGGCACCACAAGCCUUCGGAAGCUUUUUUAAUGCUACCAGAGAUUUUAGUCUAUUUAUACUUUUAUAUGUGUCGCAUACUAGUGGUUCACCUUUUAAAUCGCACCUCUUGUACUACAUGUCAUCUUCGUUGGGAUGAGCGGCAUAGGAAUAUUUUGCACUGUUCUUACUGACAUGUUUCGAGCCCUGAAAGCAGAAGGCAGUAGGUGUUGCACUACAUGCCAGGGUGCGAUCAACGUGCCUAUGCCUUUUAACCCAGCGCUGCUAUAGUAAAGCCUAAUAGCUACAGUGAACUUGCAAGAGCCCCUGACUAUGGUGAUGACCAAAGCACAGUCAUGCAUUCACCUUCUACAGGAGCGAUUAUGUGCAUGUGGCAAGCUUUACGCUCGAGGGUAGAAUACGUCGGGCUUCAUUUUGGGAGAUGAAAAGAUGAGAUUUCUGUGUGAUGCACGUCACUGUUCUCAUUGGUUUUGUGGAGCUAUAGCCCCUUUCUUAGCCCUAGAAAAUGAUCUUGUGACUGAGUAGUGUUUAUGAGGAUUUACUUUGGAAGUGUGGGACUAGCUGAUGCACUGACGACAUUUUCCUACAUCAUGACGAAGGGGGUUCAUUACAGAAAAUCAAGGGCAAGGACAGCACAAAUUGGAGACCAAUCACCUUGCCUCAUUCUAAGCCCUUUUCCUUCAUUUUUGAUCAUACACUAUGGCACAAGAAUCGUGUUUAAGCCAAAAUUCACAUUUCUUCUGUAAACCCAGUAAAAAAGGGAAAAAAGAACUCAGUUUUGGUGUCUGGACAUGGAUAUCUUCAUUAAAGAGGGGUACACCCGACACGGAAUUACGCUCAUUGGCUGCUGCAAGAAAACUACAAGGCACUGGAUAAAAGAUAUCUAAACUGCAACUGGAGCUAAAUGUUUGUUAUAAUACCGCAUUUUCACAUUCAUCAUAGCAAAUGUCAGAUUCAAAAUACUCAUAAAUGGGUGCUGUAAUGGUACUGUAAAUGUCAGGGAAUGGGUACUGUAAAGAAAUUGUAACAGUGUCACACCAAUGUUGAGGCAGGGUGCCAAGAAUGUUCAUCAAAUACGCGCAUACAGCUUUGACUGCACAUGGCAUCGGAUAGCACGUAUUGAAAAGCAUACUUUAUGGCUACAUGCACAUACAUAGUAUGAUAGAUCUGCUGAGCUCUGUGACAUCUCUAGUGGUCGAAGUUUUGCCAAAUAUGUGCUUUAGUGUUUUGUAGUUGCAGCAAAAUUCUUGUUGUUGACUGCUUGUGGUAAAUCUGUAAUGCUUGUAACAUACCUGCCUUGAAACAGUCCGUGCUCAGUUGUUUUCAUGCUUGUCAAUGUUCCACAGAUUUCCGAGAUACUGGAGGAACUUUUUCGAAUAUUGUCUUUUUCACCCCGAAAUGGUAUUGAAGCUAAUACUUAACCACUCACAUCUGUGAACAUCCAGGAACAGCAGCGUGAGCUUGCAACUAUGAAACUGUGUGCUUUCAGCGCACAUCACCCCUCAACAAAGUGGUACGCACAUUUUUUUGUACCAGCCUCAAAACUUUGUCUUGCACUGCCAUUUACAACACAAAAAAACAAAACUUAGUGAUGCGCAGUCAAUUACUACAUUUCUUACAUAUAGUUGCCUGCUGUAUACAUCACUUCCUACACCAUGAUAGCACUGGUAAAUGGCUACAUUAGGCUUGAUUAUUUCAUACAUCUAUUCCGGAGUGAAUCCCCAUGUCUUACGUUGUUCCGUGCAUUAUAAAGUAUAAACUACUUCGUUUAAAAUUUGAAUUGUUAUAUUACAGUCAACUUUGUGUCUCCUUUGAAUGUCGCCGCGGUUGAGACAUAGUUUGCAGACAGGAUGAUGCUACGAUACCCCACAUUUCAAGAUUCACAGCAUGAAGUCCGAAGUCUCAGAAUCCCAGAUCUUCAUUAAAAAAAAAGAAGACGAAAACAUCAAUCAAAAUGCUUGACCAAAUUCGUAAAAGUGCAGAGUGAAAUGUGUCUCGUGGGUUAGCACUACCCGUUCCUGGCCCUCAUAUAAAACAAAGGGAGGUGUAUUUCUAGACUUUAAUACGUGUGCAUAGCAAACACUACCUCAGGUGUAAGCUCAGAAUGUCAACAUUCCUCAGAUGUGGGGUUGUUCAUGAUUGUAAUGCAAGACGCUUGUAACUAAUCUAAGCAACUGUUGGUAUUCAUGCAGCCUGUAGAGCCUCUGCUGGUGCUUCUGAAGGGUAUGCAGAUGUUACAAUUCAUUAUGGUCGAAGUUAGUUAUGCUACAUUUUAUUUGACUGUGGCUACCUGGAUCACAUUCUGCAGGGACAUGGGGUUUCAGUAACUCCACUGCAAUCAAGCUAGGCACGGCUUUCUAGUCGUUUCUGUGAACAAAAUCUGCAUACUGAGCCAAUUAUGCACAGCGGUUCUUUUUGGAGACUGUGUUGCACUAUGGUUAACUGAUUCCUGUAAUGUGAUAUAAUGAUGAAGUGUGCAAUAUGUGCAGUGCAUUUAAGUGCAGCCAAAACUAGUGGUGCAGAGCUUUUCGAAAAUUGAAAUGCUGAGAUGUUUUUACUGAGCUAAGUACUUAACGUUUGUCAGCACUCUGCUGCACACAAUGCUCAAGUUUUUAUUACAUUAUUGCUACAGCAAUUGGACUCUCUUAACACCCUAGUUAUUAUGCCAUAUUUCUGUUAUACAGUGUGUUCAUUUUUAUCUGCAACAGAUUUUUUUAUAAAACAGCUAUGAGAGCAACAUAGAUGUCGUUUUUGCAGUUGAGCUACGAGUAUGUGGCCAGGCAGACAUCCUCUCGAAGGAAGUAUGUAACUACAAGAUGACUAAUUACCUAAAAUUCAUUAACUAACUCUUUAAUUAGGGGAUUUUGAGCAAAAGCGAGGUAGCAGAAUGGGAGGCAGUCCUCUUUGAAAGCCAUUCCAUGUUUCAAAUAACCCUGAAACGUGCUAUUCCACAUCAGAGGGCCACGUGUUUUGGAGGAAUGGAGAUUAUUGGAGUAGAUGCCGAUCUGCUGGCCAGAUUAACCGCUUUUAAGCCCAGAUAAGCGUAGCCCAGAUAAGAUCAGCGAAGCUAAUGCGCUUGUGAGGCGCACUGUUUUGGUUUUGGCUCAUUUGCAUAGCAACAAUCUGCGGUGCAUAUUUCAACACACGUGUGCCUUUCAGCUUUUGUAUUAAAAAUAUGUUGCGAAUAAAAAUGAACACCCUGUAUAUCAUGCUAACUAAUAUCCAGUUGCUAGGGCAUUGUUACUAGAUGUAUACUAGUAGAAUAGCAUGUUUUCUUUUGUUUUCACAGAGCAUCUACUGGCAUAGUCCUUUUAUUAAAAUUAAAAUGAAAUUUAUAUUUAAAAUUAAAAACCCUUUUAUUAAAA